UCCUCCUCCAGGAUAAAAGCAUGAGCGCAAGCCUGCAGAAGAUUCUCGUAUUUUCCACCUGCAGGAUCUCCAUGCAGCUGAGCCGCUAGACUGCUUAUCUUUUGCCUGAGAACAGAGCACAGGAUCCGUACAAAGACCAGGGAGGGAAGGAGGCUGAGCGAAAUAAAGCGCAGCUUCCUUGCGUUAUGUUGGGCAACAGAAAGAAAGCAGCGGUGAAGAAUGGAGCCGGGACGUCCGAGUCAAAGGCCAUCGAUCCCCUGAGGAAUCUGGGAGUGCAGGACGAUGAAGAUGUGAAGCGGAUGUUGCAGGGCUCCAGCAUGGUAAAGGUCCGCUCGCCUCGCUGGCAGAAGCGACGAACUCUGAAGCUGCUGGAAGACGGUGUCACUGUCUGGUGUCAGUCUCACAAAACCUCCAGCUGGGCAAAGGAGCAGAAAUCCUUCUCUGUCAUGGAAGUGGAGUGUGUUCGUGAGGGUUGCCAGUCAGAGACAUUGCGGCAGAUGCUCGGCUCAGUACCCGAGCAGCGGUGUUUGACAGUGGUCUUCAAAGGUCCCCGCAAGAGCCUGGAUCUCCUCUGCCAGAGCCAGGAGGAGGCUCAGCAUUGGGCUCGCGGCAUCCGAACUCUGCAGGAGAGGGUGGAGAACAUGACCCAGAAGGAGAAACUUGACCACUGGAUUCAUGCCUACCUGAGUCGGGCCGACCAGAACCACGAUGAUAAGAUGAGCUAUGACGAAGUCCAGACACUUCUACAGAUGAUCAAUAUUGACCUGAGUGACCAGUAUGCCCGUAGCCUCUUCCAGAAAUGUGACCAGUCAGCCGACGGUCGUCUGGACCACGGAGAGAUUGAAGUGUUCUGCAGGGAGUUGUUACGGAGACCAGAGCUGGAUGCUGUGUUUAUCCGCUACUCUGCAAAUGGCUGCGUACUUUCCACUGUGGACCUGAGGGAUUUCUUGAAGGACCAGGGGGAGGACACUUCACUCAUACACGCCCAAAGCCUCAUCCUCACCUAUGAACUUAAUGAGUGGGCCCAGAAGAACCAGUUCAUGACCCCCAAUGGUUUCACCAUGUACAUGCUGUCGAAGGAGAAUUGUGUGUUCAACCCAGAACAUGCUAGAGUUUACCAAGACAUGAAACACCCACUGGCACACUACUUCAUCUCCUCCUCCCACAACACCUACCUCACUAAGGACCAGCUGACUGGGGACAGCAGCACAGAGCCAUACAUCCGAGCCCUGAACCAUGGCUGCCGCUGUGUGGAGCUGGACUGUUGGGAUGGAGAUAAAGGAGAGCCAGUCAUCUAUCAUGGACACACACUCACCUCCAAAGUGCCCUUUGUCGAAGUCAUUGAGACGAUCAAAGACUAUGCUUUUAAAGCCUCUCCUUACCCUCUGGUCCUGUCCCUGGAGAACCACUGCUCCGUGGAGCAGCAGGCAGUGAUGGCUCGACACCUGCGAUCCAUCCUGGGAGACAAACUGCUCACCAAGCCUCUGGAUGGUUUGGAUCCUCCCAACCUGCCUUCUCCAGAGGAUCUUAAGGGUAAAAUCCUGGUGAAGGGGAAGAAGGAGCACGUGGUGGAGGGGUGCUCGUCCAGCUCUUCAGACCUCAGCUCCUCAGACGAGGAGGCCAGCCAUACUGAAGGCAAACCCAGCAGGAAGAAAGAGGACAAGAAGCCAGGUGUGUCUAAGCUGAGUCCAGAGCUGUCAGAGCUGGUGGUGUACACCCGCAGUGUUCCCUUUAAAAGCUUUGAACAAGCAGCCAAAAACCCAACAACUGACAUGUCCUCUUUCUCUGAAAGUGACGCACUCAGACACGUGAAGGACUCAGGGAUGUAUUUUGUUCGUCACAACAGCCACCAGCUCAGCAGGAUUUACCCCUCAGGCCAGCGCCUCCAGUCUUCCAACUACAACCCUCAGGAGAUGUGGAACGGAGGCUGUCAAAUUGUUGCUUUGAAUUUUCAGACACCUGGUGAGCAGAUGGACCUAAACCAAGGCAGGUUCCUGCAGAACAGCCAGUGUGGAUACAUAUUGAAGCCUCCCUUCAUGCGUCAGCCUGACACCAAAUUCAACCCGGAGAAUGUUGGUGGAGGUCCUGGCCACAGACCCGUCCUGCUCAGUGUUCGGGUUAUUUCAGCUCAGCAGCUGCCGAAACCAGACUGGGACAAACCCAGCUCAAUUGUGGACCCUCAUGUGUGGGUGGAGAUACAUGGUGUUCCCAUAGACAUCAACAAGAAGAAAACUCAUCAUGUCGAUAACAAUGGCUUUAACCCACGAUGGGACUGCACCUUUAACUUCACCGUGCAUGUUCCUGACCUGGCUCUGCUUCGCUUCAUGGUGGAGGACCAUGACUAUACCUCAAGCAAUGACUUCCUGGGACAAUACACCCUGCCUUGUACGAGUCUGCGCACAGGUUAUCGUCAUGUCCGACUGCUCAAGCUGGAUGGCUCCAGCCUCUUGCCCUCCUCCCUCUUCAUCCAUCUUAAGGUCACACCAUGUCAGAGCAGCCCCUCAAAAUCAUCAGCUAAGUCACCGACCAAGUCUUCAGCCAAGAAACCCUAACCCCAUCUCACACAUAGCAACAUGAAGCAUGGACCCCGGACAUAUCUGCCCGGAUCCAAAAAAAGAUCUGGGCCCUAAUUCAUUCAACCGAAUUGUUCUAACCUUGUCCUUCUAAUGUUGCAACGAUAUCCUCAACCUGUCUAUAUUUUAUGGAACAAGAGGAUUGCAUUGUGUCUCUUUAAUGCCUCAGUCAAUGGAGGUUUGAGACUCGGGGAACUUAACAACCCAUUGAACCAGCCUGCAGGUGUCUCAUCUGCCAGAUCAUGACCAACGUUUGGUGCUAGAUUUUGUCUCUACAUUAUGAACAUAGACGACUCAGAGCUAACCUCUCAAACUUGCUUAAGUCCCACGCCUUCUGAAGGAACGACUUCUUUUUAACUACAAGUAUCUUAUUUUAGUGUGUUUUAUCGGAAUAGUCUAGAAAUGCCUGCUGUUAUGUGAUUUAAACAUUACUUAUAUAUAAAUAGAGACUAUGAUCUAUGAAGUCUCCAAACAAUCCUCUGAUGUGAUGUGCACACUGACAGAACUAUUGAUCGCUGUAUCAUACUGGCUGUGAAGUCAUCCCGUCCUACUGAGACGAGGGACAGAAUCCACAGUCAAGACACUUUUUACAACUUUUCCCAAACCAAAACAUGCCCACUUCAUGCAGCUGUGUGGAAGAUUUGAACUUUUCUCUCUCGCUUUUCCGUUUUUCAGAUGAUGUUUCUGUCACUUUUUGUUUUUACAUCUGUCUUAAACUGUACAGCAUCUUCCCCAUUAGUGCGAUUAGUGCAUCUUGCCCUUCUCCAUGACAGCAGGCAUGUCACGACAUCUUCGAGUGUGGCCUUUUGAAACAGCUAUACACACUUUAGCCUAACGUGUGGUGGGUUGACACUCUGUAUACAUUAUAAUAUCGGGCAUUCAGACUAAAAAAAUUUAGUGGCUGCGUUGGUUGAUAAAAUAUGAUAAAACUAAAUCCUAGAAAGCCAGUUCAAGUCAUAAAUACAUGAGUGUGAAGCCUUAUCAGACGCUAAAACACUGCACAGUGGUUUAUAAUACUGUGAGUCAAGAUUUAUACAACUCUGGAAAGUUAUCACGGUGACCAUCAUUUUACCCUGCGUCUUAAUGAUUGUGAGGUAAAUAUUAGAAUUGAGCAAGUAUUAUAAAAAGCAAAAGCCAUAUGGAAACAGAUGUUACUGUAGGUCUCCAUGAGGAAGAGAAGUUUCUACCUGUCUGACACAUGCUCUACUAAUUAAGCUUAAAUCCCUUCCCAGUACUUUUAUAAUGUAGCUUAGUGUGAUAUGUUAAAUAGAAAACAUAUUUUGAAGAGAUUAUUUUUCAUUUAAUGUUUGAUUCACAGUGACUGUAUUUUAGCUCGACACAAUCUACAUUAUAUGUGUUCUUCCUCUUUAUUAGUGAAUGACCAAACUAUAUUAUUAAGUAGCAUCUAGAGUUUUUAUACUAUAAAUAGAAUUUGCUAGCAAUAGCAAAACAUGAUGUGCACUAGAUAAAUCUGCUGCCUUGUUGUUAGCUUGUUAGAUGAGAUAUGCAUGCAUCUGCUUAAUAUUUGCAAUGAGUUUUCUUUGUUUACGUUGUGUUUAGAUGUGUACUGUGCAGGGAGAGUCUGCUUCAUUGAGGAUCCUGGACACUGUGACAUAAAGACUUUAUUAUUGUCAGUGAUGGAACACAUUAUAAGACACAUUUCUAUUCUGUUAAGUCAUCUACUGUAAAGAAAGACUUCUAUACAGUGUUGUAUAGGACAGGAGGGACAUUCUGUUUUCUAGGAGUUUGUUUUAGAACAUUCGUAUUUUGUUCAUUUACAAGUGACGAAAAGAACUAUGAAUAUGUUAUUUUGAGAUAAUGUUAUGAAUUUAAGGCUUUUUUAAAUCAGGACUGAGAGCUAGUGUUGGUCUCUCAGCAUCUUCUAAAUGUGUGAAAUAAUCAAACAGCUUUAAAAUAUGUUUGGCAUCUUGAGAAGACUGUGAAAGAAGAAACAUUCUCUGCUUGUCAUUUUGACAAGACAUUUGAUCAGAUCAUAUUCUCUUGUAGAAUUAGGGUCAAAUGUGAUGUUUUGGAGCCAGUGCCAAUAACUUUAUCUCUGUGUCCGACAAUAUUAUUAUUUAUUUGAUUAGCUUUUAUUUAUACAGGUAAAAUGUCAUUGAGACACAGGAUCUCAUUCUCAAGAGACACCUGAUCAGAUGGUAACAGAACCACACAAAGUGACAGACAGACACUAAACACAGAGGCAACAGGAUUGCACGUACUCACUUGUUCCAGGAGCUGUAAGUGUACCAACUACAUAUAUGUUUAAAGACCAGUGGUGUGUUUUUAACUGUAGCAAUAUUCAAAAACUGUAUCUGUACAGUUCAAAGCAUUGACAUUGUUGUUUUUAUUUAUUAGAUUUGAAGUAUGUUACUGUUUGCUUUUGUCAUGCACCAGCUGUAAAUCCACCUGAUGUUAUUUAUUGAUACAGGUAAUAUAUACACAACAAUGUACUACAACAGGCUGAACACAGUUGAACACAGAGAAGAACCUCAUAAUGCCACACAGUAUUGUAACACAGUAAUUGAAGUCCAGCUCUUGACCAAACUGUUAACUGAUACAUUAAGAUGACAUGUUAUUUUUUACACUGCAAUGAAUAAAUAAAGGUAUAAGUUCAGCAUUA